AUGCCUCGCGGAGUAGGUUUUCUCUCGCAUGAUCCACGUUGGGAUUCACCACGUGCUGUCACACCUGCAACUGGAGACUCUAUUUAUCACAGUGCCGAAGACACCGGGCUCACUAGUCCUAUCGAAAGCGUAUUUACCAUCUACUACUACCAUCUACUACCUUGUGAUGCAGACCAGCUGGACAAGACAGGUUCUGACGAUCUUCGAACUGCCGAUGGUGCGAUUUCUACAACUUUUUUGCCACCGAAUACCACAGCAUUGCUGCAGCCGAUGGACCAAAAUAUUAUACAAAUGGUCAAAUCAAACUACCGACAGAAGUUGAUGCGUGAAAUUCUUGUCCGUCCUGGAGAAUUUGAUGACAAAGUUAAACAUAUUAACAUCAAAGAUGCUAUAUUUUGGGUUGCUGAAGCAUGGAAUGCAGUACCGGCUGUUUCCAUAUCAAAAUCAUGGAAAAUGCUGUGUCGUGGUACGGAAUUCAAUGACGAGGAUGAUGUUCCACUGUCGGUUGUGAAAGAACGCCUCAAAUCGAUCCAGCAACAAUUAAUUGAGCAAGACAACACUGUGCAGGAAGAGGAUUUGGAGUUCGAUUUCAUGAACGAUGAGGAGAUAGUUAACAGCAUUUUGCAUCCAAACACGUCGUUCUACGAGAGUGACGACACAUUUUCUACUACGCAAGAUGCAAAUGCUUCAUCAACAAUGAAAUGCGCCCCAAUUGACAUGGAAGAGGAUUCAAGACAACUCGUUUCGAAUGAAUCGGCAUUGUACGGCAUAGAUGCAGUUAUCUCUUGGGCGGAAGAAAACCGUUUGCCAUUGGAGAGACAAUUUAUGUUACGCGAAUUACGUGGAAAUAUAAUGGAGAAAAUUAUUACAUCCAGAAAUGCUAAUGCCUAA